AUGAUGGACAUAGCAUCCCGACCGUCCCGAAAGGACAUCUUGUCUCGAAGAUACAUCGAAGGCCUCAUUGCAGAAGGCAAACACAUUAUAAUCUACGAGGGUCGUGUCCUCAAGGUGGACGCAUGGCUUAAAUACCAUCCCGGGGGAGAGAAGCCAAUCAAGCACAUGGUGGGCAGGGAUGCGACUGAUGAGAUCAAUGCAUUACACUCCCAAGAAGCCCUCCAGCGCAUGCUCUCGUAUCAGAUUGGACGAUUCGAAGGGAGCUGGAUCAACUUCCGACCUCCGAUACAGGGCGGCACGUUCCAUGCCUAUACCGACGAUACGUGUUCCAGCGAGGAUGAUUCGACAACACGGGAAAGUUCCUAUACAUCCAGUCAAAACGGGUCUAUUCCCCCGUCGCCAAUAUUCGAUGCGGUCGACUCGAAAUCCACUGCGUAUCACAGACCGGCUGUCACCAUCGACUCUGCAAAGGAACAACCCCAGGCUAGGCCUGCCUUCCUGGAUGCGAGGACGCGGGAGGAGAUUCUCUUCGAUCAGGCCAAAUACCCGUCGUUGGAUGCUGCAAGGCAGGAAGAGAUCAAGCGUAAAUACCGCGAACUGAACGAGCGCAUUAAGGCCGCUGGACUCUACAACUGCAAUUACUUCAGCUACUUUAUCGAAGGCUGUCGAUACACCCUCUUUGCUGGGCUGUCCUAUAUGUUCCUCCGCAUGGGAUGGUGGGCGACUUCAGCAUUCUUCCUCGGCUGUCUCUGGCAUCAGCUUGUUUUCACUGCCCAUGAUGCUGGUCAUAUGGGCAUUACACACAAUUUCCAUGUGGAUACCGUCAUUGGAAUGAUCAUUGCAGACUAUCUCGGAGGACUGAGUCUCGGAUGGUGGAAACGAAGCCAUAAUGUCCAUCAUAUCGUGACCAAUGAGCCAGAGCAUGACCCGGAUAUUGAACACAUCCCGUUCUUCGCCAUCUCCCAUCGCUUCCUCACGAGCCUCCGGAGCACCUACUACGAUCGCGUCAUGGCCCUAGACGCGCCGGCACGAUUCUUCCUCAAAAUCCAGAAUUACUCCUACUACCCCAUCAUGAUGCUCGCACGAUUCAACCUCUAUGCAUUAAGUUGGGAGUAUCUGCUGAAGAGACAAGCCCCCAGAAAAGGCCCCGCGUGGUGGCACGUCUGGUUUGAGCUUGUUGGCCAGGUCUUUUUCUGGACCUGGUUCGGCUACGGUGUCAUGUACAAGACGUUACCCGAUGCAAGCAGCCGCAUCAUCUUCCUCCUCAUCUCACAUGUAGUACCCUCGCCACUUCACGUCCAAAUCACCUUGUCUCACUUUGCCAUGUCGACAGCCGACCUCGGCGUUACUGAGUCCUUCCCGCAGAAGAUGCUCCGCACCACCAUGGACGUCGACUGUCCAACCUGGCUCGACUUCUUCCACGGAGGCUUGCAAUUCCAAGCCAUCCACCAUCUCUACCCACGCAUUCCGCGCCACAAUCUGCGUCAAACGCAGAAGUUUGUCUUGGAAUUCUGCCGUGAUACUGGUAUCCCGUAUGCUAUCUUUACUUUUUACGAUGGGAAUAAGGAGGUUAUUAGCCGGCUUGGUGAAGUUGCGAAACAAGUCCGCCUCAUGGAAGAGUGUCGCAAAUCUAUUGCGGAGGGUGGCGUCUUUUCAGACCACCACCAUUGA